GGGGGAUAACAUUUGAAAUGUAAAUAAACAAAAUAAACAAAAACAAAAAUUUUUUUAAAGUAAAAGAUGAAUUUGAAGAGCUUCGGUUCACUCGGGGUCCUGUAGUUUGUACAGGGUAGGCUGCUCAGUCUUUUGUGUGCCUAAUUUGUUACACGUCAGUCAAACCAAGUGUUUAUGUGCUAGAAACUGACUUAUGGCAUUAAAAAGUCUACUCAUGAGGAACUUGGUGUUUUUAGCAAUGGUGGUGGUGAUAAACACCUUUAAUCACAGCACUGGGGAGGCAGAGACAUGUGGAUCCCCAAGUUUGAGGCCAACCUGAUCUACAGAGCAAGUUACAGGACAGCCAGGGCUACACAAAACACCUGUCACAAACAAAACAUGGUAUUAAAAAAAAAAAAAAAAAAAACAAGUGUUAUUAAGCUUUCCUAGAAUAGCCACUCGAACAAUAUCGAAGUCAGUUAAGGUGAACAGACAUUGGGUCUCGUUAAUUUCACUGCAUUUUUUUUUUCUCUUAAGUCUUGUAUGACCACCAUGCUCAUGUAUCAGAAUUUUCUGUGGAUUUUGUAACUAUAAUUAAAAUACAGAUACUUCCCAGUAAAUGUCGCCAAUCUGUAGGAACAUCACUGUUUUCAUUGCCUUAUGCAUCAAAGCUCUUACAAUGCAUAGAUGCAGGAGCAUGCUCCCUUACAAUGUGCAGACCCUUCAUGUAGGCAUAAUUUUAAGUAAGCGCACCUGCAAUUGCAGCAUAUUCUGAGGUGUAACCCUGCCAUUGGAAAUUUGGGAGGUAGAAGUAGGAAAUCGGGAGUUCACAGUUUCACUCUGCUUAGAAAGUUUAAGGUCAGCCUAGGUGAAAUGAGCCUUGUGAAAAAUAUUUUAAAAUAGUAGUUUAUGGAUACGCUAAAUACAUUUUAUGGCCCCUGUCAUCUGACUUAGCACCAGCAACCAGACAGAAACCCAUCCAACCGACACUUUGCUGAUUUUCAAAAUUUCUACAUGUGGUGGAGAAGUUCUUUUGACUGUUUGGCCUGGAAUUUAAUAUUUUUUCACUAACGUGCUUUUGUUAAUUUCAGUUCAUUUCUGUUAUGACUUCGUAGUGCGUUCUUCUGUUCUUUCCUGGAGUCUUCCAAUCUGCUCCUUUCCAUGCCAUCUGAGACAUCCAUCAUUUCCCAGUUUUCUACUGCAAUCAAUGUAGCCUUCCAGUGUUUACACUCCUCUGUCUGUCUAUGGAGCUUGGAUGACUUGCCCAGGAUUUGCACAACAGGUUCAACUGUGUGUGGAACAUUUUCUUAUACUUAGCCUGAACAUCAUUGUAGCUCUGCAUGUGGAUAAUGACAACUGCGUUCUCUGUGGGUCACAUUCAACCAGUAAGCUGCUAAAGAAAUGCUGUCAUUCAGGGAUGUAGCCAUUGAUUUCUCUGCAGAGGAGUGGGAAUGUCUGGACCCUGCUCAAUGGAAUCUGUACAGAGAUGUGAUGCUGGAGAAUUAUAGCAACCUUGUGUUCCUGGGUCUUGCUUUCUCUAAGCCAUACCUGGUCACAUUUCUGGAGCAAAGACAAGAGCCUUCAGAUGAGAAGAAACAAGUAGGAGCCACCACCAUGCACCCAGAUAUAAAACCAUAUAAAUGUAAAGACUGUGGCAAAGCCUGUGAUUGGAACUCACUCCUUCUUGAACAUCAGAGAACCAAUCCAGGAGAGAAUGCCUACAAGUGUGAAGAAUGUGGUAAGGCUUCUGGUUCUUGCUCAGUACUUUCUGAACACCGUAUAAUUGAUACAGAAGAGAAAGCCUACAAGUGUGAAGAAUGUGGCAAAGUCAUGUGUACGUGCUCAGGAAAUUCUAGCUACCGGAGAAUUUGUAUUGGAGAAAACCCCUACAAGUGUGAAGAAUGUGGAAAAGCCUUUUCUACUUAUUCGUAUCUUGCUCAGCAUGAGGUAGAGCACACUGGACAGAAAUUUUAUAACUGUGAAGAAUGUGGGAAAAUGUUUUAUUUUCCUUCUCACCUUACAGAACAUCAGAAAAUUCAUUCUCAAGAGAAUCUCUUUAAGAUUGAAGUGUGUAGCGAGAUCUUUUGUGCUCCCAUAGAACUUUCUAAAGACCAGACCUUUUGUACUGAAGAGAAGCCCUACAGGUAUGAAGAAUAUGUUAAGGCUUUUAGUGCUUGCUCAUUACUUUCUGAACACCCGAGAAUUCAUCCAGGAGAGAAAGCCUUCAAGUGUGAAGAAUGUGGCAAUGCCUUUUGCACACUCCAUUCAGUAUCUAAAGUGAACAUUCAUUGUGAAGUGAAAUCCUACAAGUGUGAAGAAUGUGGGAAAGCCUUUGCUAGUCAUCUUUCCCUGAUUCAGCAUAAAAUAGGGCAUACUCGAGAGAAACCUUAUCAGUGUGAAGAAUGUGGGAAAAUGUUUUACUGUUCUUCGAACCUUAAGCAGCAUCAAAUAACUCAUUCUCAAGAGAAACCCUACAAGUGUGAAGUAUGUGGCAAGGUCUUUAGAACUUGCUGGCAACUUUCUAAACACCUGAGAAUUCAUUCUGGAGAGAAACCAUACAAGUGUGAGGAAUGUGGCAAAGCCUUUUAUACUCUCUCAUACCUUACUCAGCACAAGUUAGGUCACACUGGGGAGAAACCUUACAAAUGUGAGGAAUGUGGCAAAACCUUUUACUACCCUUCAGUCCUUAAAGAACACCUAGCAAUUCAUUCUGGAGAGAAACCAUACAGGUGUGAUGAAUGUGGCAAGGAAUUCUGUACUCGAUCAGGACGUUCUAGACACCAGAGAAUUCAUACUGGAGAGAAACCCUACAAGUGUGAGCAAUGUGGAAAGGCCUUUUCUACUCAUUCAUACCUUUCUCAUCACAAGAUAGUUCACACUGGACAUAAACCCUAUAAGUGUGAAGAAUGUGGCAAAAAGUUUUACUAUCCUUCUCGCCUUAAGGAACAUCAAAGGAUUCAUUCACAAGAGAAUCCUUACAAGUGUGAAAUAUGUGGCAAAGCCUUUCACACUUACUCAUACUUUACUCAGCACAAAUUAGGUCACACUGGGGAGAAACCUUACAAAUGUGAGGAAUGUGGCAAAACCUUUUACUAUCCUUCAAUCCUUAAGGAACACCUAGUAAUUCAUUCUGGAAAGAAACCAUACAGGUGUGAUGAAUGUGGCAAGGAUUUUUGUACUCGCUCAGGACAUUCUAGACACCAAAGAAUUCAUACUGGAGAGAAACCCCACAAGUGUGAAGUAUGUGGAAAAGUCUUUUCUACUCAUUCAUACCUUACUCAGCACAAGGUAGUCCACUCUGGAGAGAAGCCCUACAGGUGUGAGGAGUGUGGCAAAAAGUUUUACUAUCCUUCUCGCCUUAAGGAACAUCAAAGAGUUCAUUCUCAAGGGAAUCCUUACAAGUGUGAAAUAUGUGGCAAUGUUUUUUGUACUCCCAAAGGACUUUCUAAACACCAGAGAUUUCAUAUGGGAGAAAAACCCUACAAGUGUGAAGAAUGCGGAAAAAUGUUUUACUAUCCUUCUCGCCUUAAGGAACAUCAAAGAAUUCAUUCUCAAGAGAAUCCUUACAAGUGUGAAAUAUGUGGCAAAGCCUUUUACACUCACUCAUAUCUUACUCAGCACAAGUUAGGUCACACUGGGGAGAAACCUUACAAAUGUGAGGAAUGUGGUAAAACCUUUUACUAUCCUUCAAUCCUUAAGGAACACUUAGCAAUUCAUUCUGGAAAGAAACCAUACAAAUGUGAUGAAUGUGGCAAGGACUUUUGCACUCGCUCAGGACGUUCUAGACACCAGAGAAUUCAUACUGGAGAGAAACCCUAUAAGUGUGAGCAAUGUGGAAAGGCCUUUUCUACUCAUUCAUACCUUUCUCAACACAAAGUAGUCCACUCUGGAGAGAAGCCCUACAAGUGUGAGGAGUGCGGCAAAAUGUUUUACUAUCCUUCUCGCCUUAAGGAACAUCAAAGGAUUCAUUCUCAAGAGAAUCCCUACAAGUGUGAAGUGUGUGGCAAAGUCUUAAGUGCUCACUUAGAACUUGUUUCCCACCUGAGUAUUCACUCUAGAUAAAACCCUAGAACUGGGAAGGGUAUGGAAAUGCUUUUUAACUCAUCCAUCCUUACCUCACAACAAAUCCUGAACAGAAUUCUUAACCAUGUAAAGAAUGGCAAAAUGUCUGCUAUCCUCCAAACCUUAAGCCUCUUGGAGGGAAAUCACUCUCUUGUGAGUGAGGACUGUAACAAGGUCUUUUGCUCUCACUUAGGACUUUGUAAACAUCAAAAGAAUCAUACUAGUAAGAAAGACCACAAAUGUGAGAAAGCUUCUACUAAACUUUUUAACCUUACUCAGCACAAGGUAGUGCUUUCUGUUCAGAAACACUAUACAAGUGGAUAUGCUGGAAAAUUCUUUACUCUUAAAAUAUAAAUGAACAGAGUUCAUUCUCAAGAGAGACCUUACAAGUGUGAAAGGUGUGCUUUUGGUUAUUCAACACAAUUGGAUUCAUAGUAAAAAGAAACCAAAUCCUUGGGAAGAAUGUGACAAGUGCUAUACUAAUCAACACUUUCUAACUUCCUUAAAGUUUAUACUGGGGAAAAACACUACAAAUGUGAACAAAUAGACAAGGCUUUUAAAUGCUCUUCAUAGAGUAACACAAAAGUAUUGGUACUGAAGAACAACCUUAUCCUGGUAAAAUGUAUUAUGAAGAUCUCAUUCAUCAUUCAGUACUUGGUGAAUGUCAUAAUAUUCACACUUGAGAGAAUCUCUACAAAUGUGCAAAAUAUAGCCAGGUGUUUAGCUAUAGUUUGCCACUGUAUUAGCAUGAAAGAAUUAGUACUCCAAAAACACACACACACACACACACACACACACACACUCUUAUAGCAAGGCCUUUACCUAUUUUUCAUACUUUAAUUAUCCUCAGAAACUUCAUACUGGAGAAAAAGUACAUACAGAUAAUGUGUCAAACUUUUAAAUAAUAUUUCAAGUCUCUGUCAACACCAAAGAAUUCAAUAAGCUUCACUGUUCGACUUCACAUCUCUCUGCAUUUUCUAAGGAAAGCCCAACUGUGUGGUUAUUUGGAUCAGACUAACUUACAGAUGUGUCCAUUGAGACAUUUUCUUGGAUGUUGAUUGAUGCCCAGGACAGGUGACCCUGAGUGACUGAGAAUUCUGGCCACCAAAAAUCAGAGGGAGCAAGCCAGUAAGCAGAAUUCCUCAAUGGUUUCUACGUUAGAUCCUAUCUCAAGGUUUUUGAACUCUCAUCCUGGCUGAGGUGGUUGAUUAAUUCCUAAGCUGAAAUAAACCCUUUCCUCUCUUAUUUCUUAGUCAUGGCGUUUAUCACAGCAACAGAAGUCAAAGUUAGACAGCAAUGAAUACGGGAAAGCUUUUCUCUUUAUAUCUUAGUUAUCACCAGUCUUCACACUGGAAAGAAUGUCACAGUGUCUUUUUAUUUAUUUAUUUUUUUGUAAUGGAAAAUUAGACUCCUAGCAUCAGCUAAGAACAUAUGAGUCCUAUAGCAGAAACGUCUAUUAGCUGUAAUCUACGUAUUCUUUUAAGCAAUGUAUUCUCAAGAUUUAUUGAUUAAUUGCUCUUUUAACUAUAAAUGUUUCCUGAAACUGUUGCCAUGUUGUCAGACUGUACCUGGAUAAUCUGAAUCUGGAUUCCUGAGCCAUGCCUUGUGUGGCAUAUCCCCCCGCCCCUUUGGGUCCUCCAAUUGUAAGUAAUCCUUCCCCUUUGGUCUGUAAGAAAACUAACUCACCAACUUGGGCUGUAGUGAAAUCCUAAGAUGGUAUGUCAUGGGCCCCUUUGUAGUGACUAGGCAUUUGUUUAUGUCUAGAGAUAGCUAAAUUAACACAUGUCAUUCAUAUUUGGCUCCAAAAUAAACAAGGUCUUAUCCCCUUU